AUGGCGACCGACGAGACCACCUCCCGCAGCUCCAGCCAGGACCGCGCUGAGAAGUCGUCCGUAUUCUCUCACUCCUUCUCUACCACGUGGCGCAAAGCCCUCGUGUCCCUGCCGCGCAUCGUCCCGUCGGCAGUCACCUCUCACUACAUGGGCCACGAUGGGCCAAAGCCGUUCGUGCUGAAGCUGCCCUCUGGUCCGCCGCACGACCACUCCAUUCCUGUGCAUAUCUUCUUGCAAUUGCCGCCUACGGAGGACACGCCGCCGGAAUCGACGCCUUCUUCCUCCAGGGCCAGAAGCGCUGGGGGCAGUUCCCCUCGACCUGGAGGCAUUUCAGGCACUGCCACGCCAACCUCCGCCCGCGCACGGAGCGUCCAUGAGAUCGAGAAACCUCGACCCAGCAGUUCACACGGUACCCCGACCACAACCGGCGCGAACACACCGACGUCGUCAACGACACUCUCUCCCGCCGCGGCCGCUGCCCGCCGCAGUUUCGAGGCAACACCGUUAUCAUCCCCCUCUACCACCAGCAGCUCCAUCUCGCGGCCCGGACCUAAACCCAACCAGCUACACCCAACCUCGCGCCGCCAUCGCAAACCCACUCUAAGUCUGCCCGUGCUGAUCGACUUUCACGGUGGCUCCUUCAUCCUCGGCUCCCCAUCCGAGCAAGCGCCCUUCUGUGCGUACAUGGCGCAGGCACUCUCAAGUGCCCCGUCCUCCAGCAACAACGGCAGCGAGACUCCUGUCCCGAAAGAUGGCCAGGUCUCUACCUCCAUCAACGACCGCGGCCGCGGCUGCGUCGUCAUAUCCGUCGACUACCGACUAGGCCCCUACGCAACAUUCCCAGCCGCCAACGAGGAUGCCGAUGACGUAGUGCGUGCCGUGCUGGACGCCGACAGCCCAGGGGGUCGCGUGCUGCGCGAGGACAUCCGCCAGCAUGCCGCGGCCAUGGGCUUCGGCAAGCAGCGAAAAGACAAAGACAAGGAAAAAGACAAAGAGAAACGGGGGAGGAGUCCCAGUGUUGCUGCUCCUGCUAUCACCACCAAUGGUGGCGCCGAGUGGCUAGAUCUCGACACCACGCGCGUCGCCGUUAGUGGCUUCAGCUCCGGCGGCAAUCUGGCGCUCAACUGUGUGGUCGACAGCCCGCAAGACCCGAAUCAUGGCGGAAAGGAUUGGGACGCCGUGUUCCCGCGUGGUAGGUUCCGCUGGCCGCUGCCGGUCGUGUUGUUCUACCCGAGUUUUGAUGCGCGGCUGCUACCCGACGAGCGACCGAGGCCGGAGGGCUUGGAUCCGCCCACGGGGUUCUUUGCAAGGUGGAAGAUUGAAGACGAACUCAUGCCCAAAUACCUCCCCAUCUCCCGCCGCGGCGACGUGCGCGCCAGCCCUGGGCUCGCCUCCAUCAAAGACCACCUACACCCCCAGGCCAAGAUCUUUCUGGUUCUCCCCGAACUCGACAGCUUGAGCGACCAGAGUCAGCAGUGGGUGUCGAAAGUGCGUGACGCGGGCAGAGAGGAGGAUUUGGAGGUCGUCCAUGUCAAGGGCGAGAUGCAUGGCUGGACGCAGUUUCCCGAUCAGUGGAUCAAGACCGAGGAGAGUCGGAGGAGGAAAUAUGAGUGCUUUGAGAGGGCGGCGGAGUGGGUGGGGAGGUGGUGGUAUGCGGUGCCGGAGAGGGUGAGCGGGACGGUGUUUGGGGGGCUUGAUGGGGGGAAGAGGUGA